AUGGAUGGGAAUGAUCGAAAUAAAGACGCAGACGAUAUUGAAUCUCGUCAUUCUGCUGAAGGGACUGGUUGUAAUCAUAGUGCAUAUUUCGUAGAAAAUGAAAGAUCCUAUCUAAAAUCUUCUUUGGUAUAUCGAUUUCCUGUAGAUCAUGAAGAAGUCAUCCGACAAGAUCGUCAACAAUGUAUUUUCUCAAAGUCUUUAUCGGGUCUAUUCAGAGGCCCAGCUGUGGAACUGGCAUUUGGACCAUUGCAAUGGCGAAAUCUGGCACCUUUGCAGCAUGACACCAAUCGCAGAAACUGUACUUUCAUGACAGUGGACGCUAGUACCGGACUACAUGUAUUCGCUGAUGGUUCCUUCGAUGUAAUACAUAUAUGCCAGAUGCUUCACGCGCUCGACUCUUAUCCAGCUUUGAUUGCCCACGCUCAUCGCCUCCUUCGUUCAGGCGGAAUGUUGUUGAUCCACGAGCCCCAACUGCAGCUUCAUAGUGCAUAUACUAGCUUCAACUUGGUAGACCUUAGUCCUAAUCUAACAAGAAUGAUGGACUACAUCACAACUGCCUUUCAAUAUAGGGGCGUCGAUACCGAUUUAUUCAGUAUGAUGGACCAAAUCAUCGUUGAAGCUGGAUUUCAUUCCGAUUUAAUAUCAACUCACUACUAUUAUAGAUCAGCGUGUCCUGAGGAUCCUGAAAGUGACCUGGGCCAACACGAAAUUCUCAAUGUGAUAUCAUUCGCAUAUGCCACAAGAUAUAUGAUUCUGGAGAGCGGGGUGACGGACGAAGAUGAUUUUGACAAUUUGUUGAGUGGAUUAUCGGACGAAGUUAGAGGUAGAUCAACUGGAAGAGCUGGACCUUUAGGUGCUCAGGGAGUACUGUCCCCUUGGGGUUAUUGGUGGGCUACCAAGAGUUGA